GUUCGAUCGUUCUCUUCUCUCUUCUCGGCGGUGUUGUUGCUGGGAAAAGGGAAAGGAAAGGGGAAGGAAAAGCGAAAAAAAUUAAAAAAAAAAUGGCGCAGAAGAGCAAAGAGCCGUGCAAAAAAGAGGCGUGCGAUAUCCAAGCUUGUCUCACCAAGAACAACUUCGAUCCCCAAAGGUGCCUGAAAGUCAUCGAGUUGCUGCAAUCUUGUUGCGAGAAAUGCGAGUACAAGUCCACACAUUGUGCUUCGCUCUCCGGAUUACUGAAAACCAGUUCAAAGUGACACUGCAAAAUCUAUCCUAGAGCCGCUUGAUCAUUUUCCAAGAGAAAUUUUUUAAAGGUAUGGUUAGGGCAUAAAUCAUUGCAGCAAUGCCCAGCCCAACACACAGCUUAAGCAGUUCCAGUAGAUGGUUCUUCUCCUCGUUUUUUUUGGUUUACUCUUGCUGUUAUUAACAGGAUCAGUCUCUUCUUUGAGAAGUUUCUGAUGCAUUCAACUUCUUCUCCCCUCCCCGACGCGCUUGUAUGUGUAGCAUGGUUUGCAAAUUUUCUUAACACAUAAUUGAAAUGUUUGAAACAUUGUAUAUAUCUUUACAGCGUACAGACAAAGAUGUACAAUGCACUUUGAGAUUGAUCCACUACUGUAUGAACAACUAUAAUUCUAUAUCUUACUCUUAUGCUUAUUUGGUAACUUCUUAA